UUUAGAACUGCUCAUGCUGAUAUCGCUGCGUUGUCUCUGUGGAGACUCUGCAGCAACACAUACUCAACGUGAUCAGGCAUGACAUUUACGUGAUUAGGGCAUACACUUGUUUAUAUGUACGUCUUUUAAGAGUAAUCUAGUGCUUGGUAGGCAUGGAUAAGCCAGCUGACGGGCCUGCGUCGCAGUUCCAGGUGCACUUUCAUUAAUCAAUUCCUUAAACUAGCCUUUGAUAAUGUUCUGGCUCGCCACCUUCUGGCUGGAAAAAAAUUUGGCCCGAGGCCAAACUUUUGCCGACCCCUGCUUUACAUGAGGCAGCCUGUCACACUUUACUGCUGCUUUAAAUAGUUUUAGUUUGUGUUGCUGAUCCUAAUAACUCCAUGUCCAUGUAAUGUAGGGUCAUAAUUGAUAUAAAGUAUGCAAGCAUGUUAAGCAUAUGCAUAAGUCCUAUGGUGUCCUAGAUGUGAGAAUAAGAAUUGGCCUCGUUAAUACGUUUGUAAAUAUGGUAAAUAAGCAUUAGCCCAAAAAAUUAUAUUUUAAAUAAAGAAAAGCAUCCAUCCAUAGUGUAACCAUAGCAACGGAAACACCAGGGCUCAAACACAGUGGUGUGCCUGUGUGUGUUAGUAUGUUGGUGUGUGUGUUAAACACAAGGUGGGUGUGUGUCUGUGGGUGUGUGUGUAAUACAUUCGAUUUCGACAGUAGAUCGUUUGGUAGUACUACAAGCCCCACAGUCCUUUGCUCUUCCAUCGGUGUGUGUGUGUGUGUGUGUGUGUGUGUGUGUGUGUGUGUGUGUGUGUGUGUGUGUGUGUGUGUGUGUGUGUGUGUGUGUGUGUGUGUGUGUGUGUGUGUGUGUGUGUGUGUGUGUGUGUGUGUGUGUGUGUGUGUGUGUGUGUAUUUUUGUGUGUUUCCUCUCCCAGCGUCCAGCAGAACCAGGACAGUUUUGUUGAUGUGCAGGGGCUCCCGACAGAGGACCACGCUGAGGACAAGAGCCGUCAUCUAAAGAUGAUGAAACAUGAUAUGAUGAAACCUGCCGAACCAGCUCAUCGCGGACCUACUUACCGUCACUCGGUUCGUUUCUCGUGUUCUUUAUAUUCCUGAGGAUGAGGACUAUUAAGAAUUAUUCACUAAAGUCAUCUGCUGGUUAGCGGAUAGCGCUGAACGCUAGCCUGCUAGCGCCACCAACCUGGAAAUACCUCCGCCUGUAGAGCUAUAACCCCGACAACAGAGACUUAGUCCUCCACCGACCAGUAACACCAGAGACCUGCAAGGACCCGUCCUCCAUUAACCCACCAGUAACAACAGAGACCUGUCCUCCACCAACCAGUAACAACAGAGACCUGUCCUCCACCAACCAGUGACAACAGAGACCUGCAAGGACCCGUCCUCCAUUAACCCACCGGUAACAACAGAGACCUGCAGGGAGCCGUCCUCCAUCAACCAGACCAGUCACACUCUGAGGACAGAAACGAGAUGGACCUAUAAGCAGGAGAAAGCAGAGCUGAGGCUCCUCCACCUCCUGGUGCUCCUCCCUCACUCGUGUGGUCCUUGGUCUUGUUUUUUCCUGAGGUCACACCUCCUCCAGCCUACACAGCCUGAUGUUCUCCCCAGAGCAGGAGAACAUAUCCAGCCUCCCUUCCACCAAAGUGCCCGUCAAGUAUGGAGAGCUCAUUGUUCUGGGGUAUAAUGGAUCCCUACCCAAUGGAGACAGAGGCCGACAUAAGAGUCGCUUUGGCCUUUCCAAACGGUCCAAGGCCAACGGGGUCAAACCCAGCACUGUGCACAGCGCAUGCACACCACAGGCUGCUAAGGCCAUCAGUAACAAAGACCAGCACAAUAUCUCCUACACCCUAUCCCGAGCCCAGACUGUGGUAGUGGAGUACACCCAUGACAACAACACGGACAUGUUUCAGAUCGGGCGAUCAACGGAGAGCCCCAUCGACUUCGUGGUGACGGACACGGCGACAGGCGGCCCGGGCUCCCCGGACCGCCAGUCGGUCCAGAGCACCAUCUCCCGCUUCGCCUGCCGCAUCGCCUGCCAGCGCAGCCCCCCCCACACCGCCAGCAUCUACGCCGCUGGCUUCGACUCGUCCAAGAACAUCUUCCUAGGGGAGAAGGCGGCCAAGUGGAGGAGGUUGGACGGACAGAUGGACGGCCUCACCACCAACGGGGUGCUGGUGAUGCACCCGCGGCAGGGCUUCACCCAGGACUCCCAGCAGGGUGUCUGGAGGGAGAUCUCUGUCUGCGGGAACAUCUUCACCCUAAGGGAGACGCGCUCGGCCCAGCAGCGGGGCAAGAUGGUGGACGCUGAGAGCCAGGAGCUGGUGGACGGCUCGCUGCUGGACCUCUGCGGGGCCACCCUGCUGUGGCGCACGGCCGAGGGCCUGGCACACACGCCCACCCUCAAGCACCUCGAGGUACUGCGGCAGGAGAUCAAUGCGGCGCGCCCGCAGUGCCCCGUGGGCCUCAACACACUGGCCUUCCCCUCGUCGCGGCGCAAGGCGACGCCCGACGAGAUGCAGCCCUGGGCGUACCUGCGCUGCGGCCACGUGCACGGCUACCACGACUGGGGCCGCCAGCGGCGGCACCACGAGGAGAGCCGGGGCCAGGAGGGCCGCCAGCGGGAGUGCCCCAUGUGCCGCUCCAGGGGCCCCUACGCGCCCCUGUGGCUGGGCCGCGAGGCGGGUCUCUACCUGGACAAGGCCCCGCCCACGCACGCCUUCAGCCCCUGUGGCCACGUCUGCUCCGAGAGGACGGCGGCGUUCUGGAGCCGCGUCCCGCUGCCCCGCGGCACACACGCCUUCCACGCCGCCUGCCCCUUCUGCGCCCUGCCGCUGGGGGCGGAGCCACGCUACGUCAGGCUCAUCUUCCAGGGGCCGCUUGAUUAGAGGGGCUCUAUAGGGGGACGGGGGUCUCACUCCACACUCGGAGCUCCUCUUUGUUUGUUUGUCACAUCUCAUUGCCUUACUUACUACCUGGAUCCUCUGGUUUUGUUUUAAGUGACCUUUGUCAUUAAUGAAAACGUUUUCUAUAUUUUAAUGCAAAUUCAGAAACACAACAUAGCAGAAGGGAUUGUCUGCUUUUUAAAAAAUAAUAUGGAAAACUGUAUUUAUCUUUAUGUACAUCUCUGUACAGAAAAAACAUUUAUUCAUCUCUUUAGUUUAAAGUAUGCCUGUCUUCAAUAUUAGUAGAACUUGUCAUUUGAAAGACAACUUUGACGAGUGAUCUUCAGAGAUGCCGAUUCUGCGGGGUAUGUAUGAGGGUCUCUGCUUUAUGUGGUCUUGCAUUGCAUUCUUCUGUGUUAACUGGUCAUCUGUACUUUCCUUUGCACUAUGACGCUACAUCAGCCCUACCCUUUAACAGUCCAAGAAAUAUGCAGAGACCUCCAACUGCAUUGUGGGAUGCGUCUCACAUGGCUGUGCAGUACCAAUCGGAUAGCCUUAGCUCGAUGCCUGCUCCCCUUUAAAGUCGAGAACACACUCAGACCCUGCAAGGCAAAAUGUGUGUUUAUCUGUGAGAGCUCUGUGAGAAGGUGCAGUCCAUUAUAAUAUACAACUCGUUCUGUAAUUUGGUGACUUCAGGUAACCGAGUCUGUAGUCAUGUAGCAACUUCUCCCUGCAAACACGUCAGAGAACAGACAACUCGUAUGACUGGGAGCACCAGAAUGAAUGACAGAAUAUCACUGAUUUCUGUCCAUUUUAAAAAGGCGUGUGCAGCAGGAAACAACGCUAAGGCCUCAAUAUAUAAGGCUGUAGUGUCAUAUGCCCACUAUGGUUCGUCACACACUGCAGUUCUCCACACUGCACACCGAGGAUUUAUGCACUGAAUUAUGCUCAGCCAUACAGAAAACACACUGUACAUGAUCAAUAGGAAAACCUCUUGACUCACUUUGUCCAAACAUGUGCACUUCUGACCUAAAGGCAGGUUUGGUGUUUUUAUAUACUUCAGAUAGUAACAUUUCUUCACAUGUUUGGCCAAGAGCCAUGACGCUGAGCUUAAAAUAUGCAUCAGAACUAUUUAUGAAGUCUUCUUAAAACAGGUGUGUGUGUGUGUGUGUGUGUGUGUGUGUGUGUGUGUGUGUGUGUGUGUGUGUGUGUGUGUGUGUGUGUGUGUGUUCCCAAAGAGAGGGUUCCCUCUGAAUCGAAGAACACUCAAUAUCCCAACAUUAUCCAACCGUUCAACACUGUUAACCUCAGGGAUUACCAACAGGAGACUACCUGUGUGUGUGUGUGUGUGUGUGUGUGUGUGUGUGUAUAUAUCUCUCACACACACAGCUUUCUGACCCACUGUAGUUUGGAGGUCUGGAGAUGACCUCUUUUUGAUUUGUGAAACAAAUAUUUUGCUUUGCAAAAGUAAAUAGGCUUCACAUCCAAAACCUCCUUUGCAUUGAGAUAAGGGCUUUGUUUUCUAAAUUCAUGUUUCAUCCACUUCCUGAACUCCCUCAGCAUCACUCUGUUCUGGAGAGCCCUCUGGCUUUAAAAGCAGAAGAUGACUUUUUUUUUUUUUAAAUCAACAGGUUUUGUACCAACUUUAACAACAAAGAAUAAAAGUGAAACUUUUGAAAGCGUU